AUGUUUAGCUUAACGAAGCGUCCAAGCAAACUCACAGGCGGGAGAACUUCCACCCUUGAGAGCACACCUGAACGGCUGGUAGUUGCCGGGCUGGUAGGUUCCGUAGACGGUUCGGUCCAUCACUGCAGCGACAAGCGUCCCACUCCUGGUGAGCGGGGGAGGGAGCGGCGGGGAUAUCCUCUAGAUCCUGGCGGCUUCCAGGUAGACCCGGAGGAGGGAUACGAUCGGCCGGGGUCAAGGGGAUCUAACCUAUCUUCAAGGGGACACGGAGCAAGGAGGAAAUGA